CAAAGAAGAAAAAGACAAAGAAGAAGAAGAAGAAGAUAAAGAAGACAAAGAAGACACCCCCACUGAACUGUGAGUACACAGUUGACACUUAUUCCAGGUUUCAUAUCUUCACUGACACACAUUGAUGGUUUAAACUCUGUUCAUGUUUAGAAAAGUGCCGUCUCCUAAAAGUUGCUUUGAUGUUUCACAGGUGACCGUCUCCAGUGACAAUGUCUGCAGCUAAAGGCGUCGCCAUCGGCAUCGACCUGGGCACCACCUACUCCUGUGUGGGGGUUUUCCAGCAUGGAAAAGUAGAGAUCAUUGCCAACGACCAGGGCAACAGGACCACCCCCAGCUAUGUGGCCUUCACUGAUAUGGAGAGGCUGAUUGGGGACGCAGCCAAGAACCAGGUGGCUCUGAACCCCAGUAACACUGUGUUUGACGCAAAGAGACUGAUUGGAAGAAAGUUUGAGGACGCAGUGGUGCAGGCUGACAUGAAGCACUGGCCUUUCAAGGUGGUUUCUGAUGGAGGGAAGCCCAAAAUCCAGGUGGAGUACAAAGGGGAGGACAAAGCUUUUUAUCCUGAGGAGAUCUCCUCCAUGGUCCUCGCGAAAAUGAAGGAGGUCGCCGAGUCGUACCUCGGCCACAAGGUGUCCAGCGCCGUCGUCACCGUCCCGGCGUACUUCAACGACUCCCAGCGACAGGCGACUAAAGAUGCAGGCAUCAUCGCAGGACUGAACGUCCUGAGAGUCGUCAACGAGCCUACGGCAGCUGCCAUCGCGUAUGGUCUGGACAAAGGCAAGACUGGAGAACGUAACGUCCUGAUCUUUGACCUGGGUGGUGGCACCUUUGACGUGUCUGUCCUGGCAAUUGAUAGCGGCAUCUUUGAGGUCAAGGCCACGGCUGGAGACACUCACCUGGGGGGAGAAGACUUUGACAAUCGUAUGGUCAACCACUUUGUGGAGGAGUUCAAGAGGAAACACAGGAAGGACAUCAGCCAGAACAAGAGAGCUCUGAGGAGGCUGCAUACAGCUUGUGAAAGAGCUAAGAGGACCUUGUCCUCCAGCUCCCAGGCCAGCAUUGAGAUUGAUUCACUGUUUGAAGGUGUCGACUUCUACACCUCCAUCACCAGAGCUCGUUUUGAGGAGCUGUGUGCCGACCUGUUCAGGGGAACGCUGGAGCCGGUGGAGAAGGCCCUGAGGGACGCCAAAAUGGACAAAGCACAGAUUCACGACAUCGUCCUGGUGGGAGGUUCCACCCGAAUCCCCAGAAUCCAAAAACUGUUGCAGGAUUUCUUCAACGGCAAGGAACUGAACAAGAGCAUCAACCCAGACGAGGCGGUGGCUUACGGUGCUGCCAUCCAGGCUGCUGUUCUCACAGGUGAUACCUCAGACAACGUUCAGGACCUGCUGCUGCUGGACGUGGCGCCGCUGUCCCUGGGAAUCGAGACAGCCGGAGGAGUCAUGACACCUCUGAUUAAACGCAACACCACAAUCCCCACUAAAUGUGCCCAGGUCUUCACAACCUACUCAGACAACCAGCCCGCAGUCCUCAUCCAGGUGUACGAAGGAGAAAGAGCCAUGACCAAGGACAACAACCUGCUGGGCAAGUUUGAGCUCACAGGAAUCCCACCUGCUCCACGAGGGAUCCCACAGAUCGAGGUCACCUUUGACGUCGACUCCAACGGCAUUUUGAACGUGUCGGCUGUGGACAAAAGCACCGGCAAAGAGAACAAGAUCACCAUCACCAACGACAAGGGCCGACUGAGUGGAGAAGACAUCGAGAGGAUGGUGCAGGACGCUGAAAAAUACAAAGCGGAGGACGAGCUCCAGAGAGACAAGAUCUCCGCUAAGAACUCCCUGGAGUCCUACGUCUUCAGCAUGAAGAGCAGCAUGCAGGACGAGAGAGUGAAGGCUAAAAUUAGUGAGGAGGACCAGAAGAAGGUGACUGAGAAGUGUGAUGAGGUCAUCGCCUGGCUGGAGAACAACCAGCUGGCUGAGAAAGACGAGUUCCAACACAAGCAGAAGGAGCUAGAGAAGGUGUGUCAGGCCAUCAUCACUAACAUGUACCAGGGAGGACAGCCUGCAGGGGGCUGCAGAGAGCAGGCACGAGGCGGCUUCCAGGGGCCCACUGUUGAGGAGGUGGACUAAAACGGCCCCGGAAUGUCAACUGUUGCUUUACUGUAAAUAUUAUUCCAUCUUCAUCAUCAUCACUGCUGUGCUUUUUAAUGUU